AACUUUUGAACUGCGCGGUUGCUGCGCAGCGUCGAUCGUAAAAUAAAUAAAAGCUGGAUCGUAUCGUACGAACUUUUUUUCGGCUAGAUUCGGGAAUGAAACGAACAAAAACUACAUUUUACUAUAAAUUUACUAGUAAAUUCGGUGAAAGUGUACAACAAAUAACGAAAACAUACGCGAACAGUGCCUUGAGUUGGUAACAAAUACCAAUGAAAAAAGACUGAAACCCCGACACACACACACACAUAACCGCGCGCGCGCUUGCCUACAAGUGUGUGUGGUAACCACUUUUUUUCUACCUGGUCUUACCUGUUUUGCGGUGUGUGAGAGCGCGGCGGCCUAAGAAGGGAGCGCCAAAGAGAGUGUGUAAAAGAUAAAAGUGAAGAAAAUAACAGAAAAAGCAACAGCUAAAUCGGAAAAUACUUGGAAAAAAUAAUAAAAGCGCGCACUGUACGAGUUCCGUUGAAUUUUGUUCAAUUUGUUCGAUAUUGAUAUUUAGACGGCUGCGUUGCUGUUGGUUGCCAUGAAAAUGCAGUCUAAACAAACGGUGGAGCGUCGACGUCAGCGUUAGUUCGCACUCACUCACUCUACACAAACACACACACACACAUGCUCACAGUGCAUUUGAGAGAUAAAAGCAAACAAAAGUGGAAAUAGAAAUACAAACAGAGCAGAGCAGAGCAGAGAGAACGUAAAAGUAAAAGGUGUGCGGUGAAGUAGUGGUAGUGAUCGAGUGUGUGUGUACCGUACCGUGUGUGUGCCAGUGUGGAUAAAUACUGGGGUGAUUCACAAAAGAAGUGCUCAAAAAGUUGUGAGAUGGCGGAUGUCUGCUAAAUGAAAUUCCACAAGUGUUCAGCCACCAACUGCAAUAAAAUGUCGGUCAGCAAUCGCCUCAAUCAAAAUCCGAAUUCGAAUUCGAAUCCAGCCCAGCAGCAGACACAUCAGCAGCACAAACGAAAAUGUCGGGAUCAGAGGCACACCCACACCCACAGCCACAGGAGCAGGCUGCUCCUGGCCGUAGCCGUGGUAAUCAGCAUCAUCUCACCCGCCCUCUCAGCCCAGACGCUGCCGGAUAACAACAACUACACCGGCGACAAUCGCAAGCCCGCCUUCAAGAACUGCGCUGGCUAUGCGCCCUCCGUGAAGGAGGAGCAGCCCGAGAACACCUACGUCUUCAUGGUGCAGGCGACGGAUCCCGAUCCCAACCAGGAGAUACGAUACAGCCUCGUCCAGUCGCGCUCGGAACGACCCAAGUUCUUUAUAAACCCCACCACGGGCGUCAUUGUCACCGGCCACACCUUCGAUCGGGAUGAGCCCAUCCACGAGAAGUUUGUGUUUGUCACCGUCCAAGCCACGGAUAACGGCCUGCCGCCGCUCGACGAUGUCUGCACCUUCAACGUGACCAUCGAGGACAUCAACGACAAUCCGCCGGUGUUCAACAAGGCGCGAUACGACGAGUCCAUGUCGGAAAAUGCACAGCCCGAUACGGUGAUCAUGUCGAUCAGUGCCAGCGACUUUGAUGACCGCAACAACAGCAUCAUCGAGUACGAGAUACUGCGGGAGCGGGACUUCCAGUACUUUAAGAUCGACAAGGAGUCGGGUAUCAUCUAUCUGAAUCGACCGAUUGACAAGCGACCCGGACAGUCGUACACGAUCAAUGUGCGGGCAUACAACAUAGUGCCGGAUCCGCCGCAGGACGCACAGAUCGAGGUGCGGAUACGCAUUGUGGAGUCCUCGAUCAAGCCGCCCACCUUUGUGGACCCCAUCGAUAUGCCCAUCUAUCUGAAAGAGGAUCUCAAGAACUUCUCGCAGCCCAUUGCGACGCUGACGGCAGUGUCCAACAUGCCGGACAAGCCGGAGGUGAUCUUUGAGCUGAUCACCGGCCGCACGGAGCAGACGAACGGCAAGAACACGUUCGUCUUCAAUCAGAUUGGCAACGAGGUGACCAUCAGCCUGGGCAAGCACCUGGACUACGAGGCCAUCACGGACUACACCCUCACGAUGAGUGUGCGCAACACGUUCGAGCUUGGGGCCGAGCACCAGAUCAAGAUUAAGGUCGAGGACGUCAACGACAACAUUCCCUACUUCACGGAGGUGAAGUCUGGCACCAUCCUGGAGAACGAGCCGCCGGGCACGCCCGUGAUGCAGGUGCGCGCCUUCGACAUGGACGGGACAGCGGCCAACAAUAUUGUGUCCUUUGAGCUGGCGGACAACCGGGAGUUCUUUGCCAUCGAUCGGCACACGGGCAACAUCACGGCCCUGACGACAUUCGAUCGCGAGGAGCGGGACUUCUACAACGUGAAGGUGAUCGCCAGCGACAACUCCCCGUCGAGCCUGUUCGACAACGGAGAGCCCAACCGGGGCCAUCAGGUGUUCCGCAUUUCCAUUGGCGACAAGAACGACCACAAGCCGCACUUCCAGCAGACCAAGUAUCUGGCGGACAAGCUGCUCGAGGAUGCCAACACCAACUACGAGGUGAUCGAGGUGAUGGCCGAGGAUGAGGACAACGCCUCGCAGAUCCUCUACAGCAUCGAGAGCGGCAACGUGGGCGAUGCCUUCAAGAUUGGCCUGAAGACGGGCAAGAUCACGGUGAACCAGCGCCUGGACUACGAAUCGAUCACCGAGUAUGAGCUGAAGGUGCGAGCCUUUGAUGGGAUCUACGACGACUACGCCACGGUGGUGAUCAAAAUCGAGGAUGUGAACGACAAUCCGCCGGUGUUCAAGCAGGACUACAGCAUCACCAUCCAGGAGGAGCGAGCCUUCGACAACUGCAUCCUGACAAUCGAAGCGUACGAUCCGGACAUCAAGGAUCGCACGGCCGACCAGCACAUUGUCUACUCGAUUGUGAAGGACGACUACAAGAAGCUGCUGACCAUCGACAACAGCGGCUGCCUGCGGCUCAUCCAACCGCUGGACCGCGAUCCGCCCAACGGCCACAAGAACUGGCAGAUUCUGAUCUCCGCCAGCGACGAGGAUGGGGUGGGCACCACCCUAAAGUCGGUGAAGGCCGUCACCAUCACGCUGCAGGACAUCAAUGACAAUGCCCCCUUCCUGGUCAACGAAAUGCCCGUAAAGUGGCCCGAGAACCGCAAUCCCGGCCAGGUUGUCCAGCUGCAGUCGAACGACUUUGACGACGUCCAGAAUGGUCCGCCCUACACCUACGGCAUCGACAGCGAAGCCUCCGCCGACAUCAAGACCAAGUUCAGCAUCGACAAUGACUACCUCUUCGCGAAUGUGAUGUUCGACCGGGAGGAGCAGAAGGAGUACUACAUCCCGAUCCGCAUCAGCGACUCGGGUGUGCCGCGGCAGAGUGCCGUCAGCAUACUGCACCUGAUCAUCGGCGAUGUGAAUGACAAUGCCAUGACGGAGGGCUCCUCCCGCAUCUUCAUCUACAACUACAAGGGCGAGGCGCCCGACACGGACAUUGGGCGGGUGUUUGUCGACGAUCUGGACGACUGGGAUCUGGAGGACAAGAGCUUCAAGUGGAAGAACGACAUCUCGCACGAUCAGUUCCGCCUGAAUCCCAGCACGGGCAUGAUCACCAUGCUCCAGCACACCGGCGAGGGGGAGUACGUGCUGGAGUUCACGGUCGAUGAGGAGUCCACCUACAUACCCUACCAUUCGGUGGAUGCCGAUGUCACGGUGGUCAUACGCGAGCUGCCCGAGGAGGCGGUGGACAAGAGCGGCAGCAUUCGCUUCAUCAACAUCACCAAGGAGGAGUUCAUCUAUGUGCCGCGCGACAUGCAGUCCCCGGAGGCCCUCUCCCUGAAGGACCGCCUGCAGCACUCGCUGUCGAAGCUGUUCAACACCUCGGUGUCCAAUGUGGACGUCUUCACGGUGCUCCAGAACGAGAAUAACACGCUGGACGUACGCUACUCUGCCCACGGAUCGCCCUACUACUCGCCGGAGAAGCUCAACGGAAUGGUGGCCCAGAACCAGCAACGGCUCGAGAACGAGCUCGAUCUCCAGAUGCUGAUGGUGAACAUCGACGAGUGCCUGAUCGAGCGACUCAAGUGCGAGAGCUCCUGCACGAAUGAGCUGCACAAGAGCUCGGUGCCCUACAUGAUCUACUCGAACACCACCUCCUUCGUGGGCGUCAACGCCUUUGUGCAGGCGCAGUGUGUGUGCGAGGCGCUGCUGAUGAACCACUGCCUGAAUGGGGGGACGCCGCGCUACGGGGAGAACGAUGUAUGCGACUGCAUCGACGGCUUCACCGGCCCCCACUGCGAGCUCGUCUCGGUGGCCUUUUACGGCAGCGGCUACGCCUUCUACGAGCCCGUUUCCGCCUGCGACAACACGAAGAUCAGCCUGGAGAUCACCCCUCAGAUCGACCAGGGUCUGAUCAUGUAUCUGGGGCCGCUCAACUACAAUCCCCUGCUGCCGCUGUCCGACUUCCUGGCCCUCGAGCUGGAGAAGGGCUAUCCCGUGCUGACGGUGGACUACGGCUCGGGCGGCAUCCGAAUCAAGCACCAGCACAUACGGAUGGUGGCCGAUCGCUCCUACCAGCUGGACAUCAUCCUGCAGCGCACCAGCAUCGAGAUGACCGUAGACAACUGCCGUCUGUCCACCUGCAUGAGCCUGGGCGCCCCGCAGGGCCCCAAUGAGUUCCUAAACGUGAACGCGCCGCUGCAGCUGGGCGGCAGUCCUGUGGAUCUGGCGCAGCUCGGACGGCAGCUCAACUGGACGCAUGUGCCCACCCAGCAGGGAUUCUUUGGGUGCGUGCGCAACCUGACGAUCAACGAGCACACCUACAACCUGGGUAUGCCCUCGGUCUUCCGGAACAUCGACAGCGGAUGCCAGCAGUCGGUGGCGGUGGCCUUCAGCUUUGGCAUCGAUCGGAACUUCAUUAUUGCGAUCAUCGUCUGCCUGGCGCUGCUGCUGAUCAUCCUUCUGGCCGUGGUGGUGCAGAAGAAGCAGAAGAACGGCUGGCACGAGAAGGACAUCGACGACAUACGGGAAACGAUCAUCAACUACGAGGACGAGGGCGGCGGCGAGCGGGACACGGACUAUGACCUGAACGUCCUGCGCACGCAGCCCUUCUACGAGGAGAAGCUGUACAAGGAUCCCCACGCCCUGCAGUCGGGCAUGGGUCGGGAUCCCAACGAAAUACCCGACAUCGGGGACUUCCUGGGCGACAAGAAGGAGAACUGCGACCGCGACUCGGGCGGCCUCACCGUCGACGAUGUGCGGCACUACGCCUACGAGGGCGACGGCAACUCUGACGGCAGCCUGUCCAGCCUGGCCUCCUGCACCGACGACGGCGAUCUCAAUUUCGAUUAUCUGUCCAACUUUGGACCGCGCUUCCGCAAGCUGGCCGACAUGUACGGCGAGGAGCCCUCCGAUACCGACUCCAAUGUGGACGACGAGCAGGGUUGGCGCAUCUAGAAAAACAAACGAAAAUCAAAACGAAAAAGGAAAAAGGAAAAGAUGACGUAGAAAUUCAAAAGACUUUUUAUAUGCUAAGAGUUGUAUGGAUACAUGGAAGGAGGAGGACUAGGUGGAAGGAUGGUGUGCAGGGGGGACAAGGCGCCGGCCUAGCCGGCCCCAAAGUAAGCCUCAAGAGAUACAUAUGUAUACAUAUGUAUGUAUGUGUAGAAGUAAAUCCAUUCUUUAUAUAGAAGAGCGGAAAGGGAAGUGUGGGGGGUGGGGGGUGGGGACACCCCUUGAGGACACGUUUUUGUUUUCUGUUUUGUAAAUGCAAAAAGUGAUCUUGAUCUUACGUAAGCGUAACUAUAUUAGUAUAUAUAAUUAAUUAAGCAACUGCGAACAAACACAAAUAAAUGCAGAAGUGUUUUCAUUUACAAACAAACAAACAAACAAAAAAUACACAAACAAUUCAGAAGAAUUACAAGAGAGAAAACAAAAUAUUCCUACAGAUGAGAGAUCAGUAACAAAUUGCAUUUUACAUUGCAUAUUCCCGACAUUAGUCCGUAGUUUAUUUUGAUAGUUUUUCUUAUAGCAUAA